GGGGUUCCCUCCCGCCGGCGGCUCUCGUUUCGCGUUACCCGGCAGUGUGUCGCUACGUUCAGGCGAGGUCCGGGCGGAGCCUGCGGCCGGGUUUCCCUCAGGACGCGGCCGGGAAGCCGCCUGAGGCUCCAUAAAGAUGCAGUUCUUCGGCCGGCUGGUGGAUACCAUCAACAGCGUCACGCAGAUAUUCACUAACCCGUACCGGGUGAAGGAGGUGCCGGCUGCCGAGUAUGCGGCGCACACCUGUCUCAGGGAGGAAGGAAGGGUGGCUCUGUACAGGAACAACCUCACUCGCUCCUGGGAUUGCCUGCUGGUGAACCCCCAGAGCCCACAGGUCGCUUUCCGGCUCUUCCAGCUCGACACCGAAGCAGAUGCCCUGGUGCGUUUUGAGCAGUACUCCAGGCUGCUGCGCCCUUUCUACGAGACCUCGCGCCAGCCCCUGUCGCUGGAGGAGCUCCAGCAGCUCAGCGACUGCAUCCGCAACCAUCCCACCUGGUCCGCGGCACACGUCGCGGUGGAGAUCGGCCAUCGUGAGACCUUCCGGCACAACCAUGUCAUGAGCUGUGUGAACAGCGUAGAUAGCGAGGAUGGCUGCACCCCGCUGCACUUGGCGUGCCGCAAGGGAGACAUGGAGUGCCUGCUGGAGCUGCUGGAGUGCCACGCACGGGUGGACAUCACUGACAUCCAUGGGGAGACUGUGUUCCACUAUGCUGUGCGAGGGAACAGCCCCCACAUCAUCGAGCUCCUGGGCAAAACCCCAACUACUGGGUUGGACCACCUGAGCCAUGAAGGGCUGACUGCUCUGCAUCUUGCUUGUCAGCUGGGCAAAGAGGACAUGGUUCGGUCCCUGCUGAAAUGCCGUGCCAGCUGCAGCGUCGUGGGCACGCUGGGCUACCCCAUCCACACAGCACUGAAGUUCUCCCACAAAGGCUGUGCCCAGGCCAUCCUGGAGGUGGAUGCCAGCCAGGUUUGCUCCAAGGACCCACGCCAUGAAGCCACUCCGCUGCACUGGGCAAAGAAAGCGGAGAUGACACGGCUGCUGCUUGAGUACGGCUCUGAGGUGAAUGUGACCAGCCGGACGGCUGACAUGGCUCUGCACAUCGCGGUCAAGAGGGGACGCUUUGACUGUGCCAUGGUCCUGCUGACACACGGGGCCAACACCAAUGCCAGGGGUCAGGAUGGCAACACACCGCUGCACCUGGCCAUGAAGCACGACCACCUGGAUAUGAUCAAAGCGAUCGUCGUGUUUGGAGGAGAUAUUGAGAUCCCCAAUGAUUUCGGGGAGACGCCAGGGUUGUUGGCAGCCAGGAGCAGCAAAGGUGCGAACCGGAAAGUGCUCUUAGACCUGCUGCAAACUGUAGGGACCGAACGCUGCCACCCACCCAACCCUGACUCCCCAAGCCUGGCACCAGCUGCCACCUCCUUCUUCCUGGAAGGCCAACCUUCCUCGCGGAGCAGCUUCAACAGCUUAGGGUACAAGGACCUUCUGUAUGCUUCCGCAGCGCUCGGGCAGUUGUUGAAAGCACCAGAUGUUCUGGACUCACCCAGUGAGGGUAGAAGAAAUCACGACCGCCUCCUGUGCCUGGAUGGAGGGGGCAUCAGGGGCCUGGUGCUCAUCCAGCUCCUCCUGGCUAUUGAAAAGGCUGUGGGCCGUCCCAUUCGUGAGAUUUUUGACUGGAUCGCUGGGACCAGCACUGGGGGGAUCUUGGCACUGGCUAUUGUGCAUGGGAAGUCCAUGGACUACAUGCGCUGCCUGUACUUCCGCAUGAAGGACAUGGUGUUCCGGGGGUCUCGGCCCUACGAGUCGGAGCCCCUGGAUGAGUUCUUGAAGAAGGAAUUUGGGGAAAACACCAAAAUGACAGAUGUCCAAAGACCCAAGGUUAUGGUGACGGGGACAUUGUGUGACCGCCAGCCAGCUGAACUCCAUCUUUUCCGGAACUACCCUGUGCCAGAGACAAAGACCUCCACUGAAUACAAGACAAGUGCAUCAUUCAGACCACUCACUCAGCCGCAAGACCAGCUUGUGUGGCGUGCUGCCCGCUGCAGUGGUGCAGCUCCCACUUACUUCCGGCCCAUAGGCCGCUUUCUGGAUGGUGGGCUGCUAGCCAACAACCCGACCCUCGAUGCCCUGACAGAGAUCCAUGAGUACAACAAGACGCUCAUCAAGAAGGGUAAGAAGCAGGAAGUAAAAAAAUUGGGAUUGGUGGUCUCCCUGGGGACCGGGAAGCCUCCGCAGGUACCGGUGAGCUCCGUGGAUGUUUUCCGUCCCUCCAACCCUUGGGAGCUGGCAAAGACUGUCUUUGGAGCGAGGGAGCUCGGCAAGAUGGUAGUGGAUUGUUGCACUGACGCAGAUGGCCCAGCUGUGGAUCGUGCCAGGGCCUGGUGCGAGAUGACGGAUGUCCCAUAUUUCCGGCUGAGCCCACAGCUGCAGACAGAGGUGAUGUUGGAUGAGGUGAACGACUCUGUGCUGGUGGAUGCUCUCUGGGACACCCAGCUUUACAUCUACCAGCAGCGGGAGCAGUUUGAGCAGCUGGUGCAACAUCUCUCCCGAUGACUGACCUGGAGGUUCCUGUUCUGCAUCCCAAUGGCAAGGAGCAGCAGGCACUGGAGUGGUGCAGAUUUUCCCUUGAACUGAGGUGUUGAGGUGGGGGAGGGACUACUACUAUCACUACUAAUGAGGAAUUAAUGAUACUUAAUAGACAGCAGUGCACAUACACAUGUAUUCCAGGACACACCUUAUGUAUUCCCAGAGUGAAUGCUGACAGUUAUCUUUGUACUGUAGCCCCAUCUCUGCUGCUGUGCUCGGUUUUGCUGCCCUGCUGUCUAAUGGUACCUCCCAGAACCCAGAGCCCCUGUCUACCUGUCUUGCGCUGUAGCAGCUGGAUGGUUUCUCCUGUCUGUGCAGCACCUCCACUGACAAAGCACCGUGCACCUUCCUGCAACACAGAAUGGGCCAUGGCUAGAGAAAGCUUCAGGGAUUAGUUGCCCUACUGAGGCCAAGGUCUUUUUGAGUGUAUAGUAUAGGGAAAAGGGAUUAUUCUUCCCUUAACCCACCCAGUUUUAAGGCGAGCAGAAGUGCUGCAGCUUUACACAGCAGGUACAACACAGAAUGUUGUGACUGGCCUCAGGAGAAGGGGAAUUUUUUCUGAGGCUGUUGUCUUCUGUAGCACCUUCCCCUUUCCCAUCUGAGAUGGGCUGGCAACAGGUACUGACUGCCCAGGGUGGGAGCAGACCCCUCAGUGACCGUUUUGUGCCACCCAGGUUGCUGUGCUACUCCACUCAAGGGCUGAGAUAUGAAAGCCUAUCUUUACUGACAGCGAACUCGAGAUGAGGGUCUGUAGCCUUGGCCUGGGAGAGAGACUGUUUAUUCUUGAUGUGAAACUGAAAUGCUCUGAGUUCAGUUCCCACCAAAGAAACUGACCCUGUGACAAUUUGGGUUUACUUUUUUAUUACUGUUGGAAAUCCUAUAGUGACUGCUGCACUGCUCGAUGGUUCUGCAGCACAUUUUUUGUAUUUAUACAUUAUUUAUGUAUUUGCUUGGAGAUGUUUUGAGGAGUAACCUGAGAAACUGAAUCCUUAGUCAUUUGCUUCUGACUGAAGGGGCUGCUGUUGUGAACAGUGCUUCUGUGCAAAACUAACCCGACUGGAAAUAAAGGUUUGCAUUUGGUUCCACUGUUAGGCA